AUUUGGAAUUUGAAAUGAAAGCCCCUCUCCAAAGAGACGUUAGAAAAUUACAACCUUGUGUGCAUUUUAUUCUAUUUUUUAUUUUCCAAAGAUAAUUUAAUUAUUUUAUUUUUGUCCACAAACAGAAAAGUCCCACUUUCUAUCCCCAUUUAUUGCUUUGAACUAGACGGGGGCCUCGCUAAUGCUGCGGAGGGGAGACAGUGAGUUUCUGGACGCAGACUCUGACCUCUCAUAAAAAAAAUAAUGAAAGAUUUUCCCAUUUAAUUGUGUUCCCUCACAUCUCUGCUGAAUCUUUCAUUGCUUCCUUCACUUCACUUCACUUGUUAGAGAGAGAGAGGGAGAAGCUCAGCUGAUUCCUGCCCAUUAGUUCUUAAAAAUGGGAGUUGAGAGAGAAGGUUCGAAAAGCAGAGCAGGUCAUGUGGGCGGUUUCUUUCAGCUGUUUGACUGGAAUGCAAAAUCUCGAAAAACAUUGUUCUCUGGCAAUUCAGAUUCACCAGAACGCUCAAAAGGAGGAAAGAAAAGCCAGGGGAACUCGCCAGUGACGCAACAGCAUCUGGUGGUCGAUGAGGAUGAAACUAGGGUAGUUUCAAGUGUCAGACGUAGCAGCGAUUAUAGUUGUGCUUCAUCAGUUACAGAUGAAGAAGGAUUUGGAGCGAAAGCCCCUAGUGUAGUAGCCAGGCUUAUGGGAUUAGACACCUUACCCACAUCCAGUUUUUCUGAGCCAUACUCUACCCCAUAUUUUGACAGUCAAUCUCUCCAAGAUGCUCAUCACCACAGGAGAAACAUUGAGUGCUCUCAUGACAAUCAGUUACAGUAUUCUGGAAGUCUCAUAAAAAGUAAGGAGCACCCUACCAGGAAUUCUUUGAAGUCAAAUCCCCAGAAGAUGCAAAACAGGCCAAUUGAGAGGUUUCAGACUGAAACAUUGCCGCCUAGAUCAUCUAAGUCUAUACCGAUCACACACCAUAAACUUUUGUCUCCCAUUAAGAACCCCGGCUUUUAUUUCCACUAGGAAUGCUGCUCACAUAAUGGAAGCUGCUGCAAAAAUUAUUGAGCCUGGACCUCCAUCUACCGCCAAGGCCAAAAUGCCUUUAGUAGGGGCCUCUUCAGAGCCCUUGAAGGUUCAGGCUCUCAAAGAAAAGAUGGAGGCAUCCCGAAAAGUUCCACUGGUUGGGUUUUCUUCAGAAACCUUGAAAGAUCGAGAUUUAAAAGAUAAAGUUGAAGCUGCUUACAAGAAAACGAGGCCUUUUGAAGUGUCCCAAAAGCCUGUUGAGUCAAAUGCUGCUAAGUCUCUUAAGGGACAGUCUUUGAAUAAGAGCUGGAAUGGAUGUCUUGACUUAUCAUUCAUGUCUUCUUCAGAGACAGAAGAAAGUAAGGGGAAGUCCAUUUCUCUUGCAAUCCAAGCAAAGGUCAAUGUUCAGAAAAGAGGUCAGAAUUUAAGUAAAAAUAGAAGCUCGAUAGGUCAGAGAGAACAGAAUGAGGUCAUCUCAAACCAGCCUUUCCGGAGCCAACCAAAUGUUCAAAAGAAUUUGCAUAAGAAACCGUCUACACAUAAUGCUUCAGGUGCUCUUAAGCAGAAUAAUCAGAAACAAAAUGGCAUAGUUGAUAAAGAGAAAUUACCUUCAAAGCCUUUGGUUUCCAACUCGCAGGGUAGAAAAGUGCUGUCUGGGGAUUCUUCUUCUGGUCGUCACAAAAGCUCAGUUCGCAGUAGUGGAAAUUCCAAAAUUGGAUCCAGGAAGUUGGGCUCAGAGGCAAUGGAUAGUGAAAAAGAAGUGUCCUACUCAAACGAAAGGAAUUAUCCUAGGAAGAAACGCUCAAUAGAUGGAAACUUUCAAUUUAAUAAAGAUCAUGCUGUUGAUGAUAUGUUGAGUGACAAAAAUCAGAAGUCAGUCCAGUUGAAUCCAGUUAUUGACUGGCACUAUAGUUGGGCUGAAGAUAGCAGAAAGAAAGGCAUGGAUGUUGUUUCUUUUACAUUCACAGCCCCACUUACACGAUCACUGACUGGGACUGACAUCUCAGCUCUGGUUGCGCAGAAGAGCAACAGUCUUUGCACAGAUCACCGAGGUAAACGGUUGUUGCUUGACACAGACAGUAUGAGGCCAUCUUCAGUGGGUUACAAUGUGGUAGCCGGUGAUGCUUUGAGUGCACUUUUGGAACAAAAAUUAAGGGAAUUAUCUUAUGGGAGUGAAUCUUCUAGUCAUGAAUCCGCAAAAGUACACUCAGCUUCAAUUGCUUCAAAUUUGGAUGUGAAACCCAAUUUUAAUUCAGUUAGCUCCAAGCAAAGGUUAAAUAAGCGGAGCGAUCAACAUCUGAUUACAGAGAAACUGGGUGACCAAUACGAAGCUGGCACUCCUCCUGCAUUCAGAUUGAAACAGAAGUUUCAGGGAGUCGAUAAGGCAGACGAAUAUAGCAGCAGUCCUAUUGAAGCUGGACAGAUGCAGAGUUUGCGGCAUCCUAGUCCAGUCUCUGUUCUGGAACCUUCUUUUUCAACUGAUAGUGUUGAUUCUUCGAUUAGCACUGAUAGUAACAGUACAGAAGUAAGCAGGUUGUGUUCAUCCAUUCAAGCUGAAGAAGUUAAUGUUGUAAGUUCUUCCAAGAAGUUUCAUUCCGUUGAAGCUGACACCGAGUUAUCGGAUUCCGCUUCUUCAACAUCUAUAGGAACUGUGGCAAGAAACCAUACAGCUACGGUUCACAUAAAAGAAUCUUUGAGAUCAAAUGUGUGGGAAUUGGAAUAUUUAAAGGAGACACUAUGUAAUGUGGAAUUGAUGUUUAAAGACUUCUCAUUGGGCCGGGCUAGGGAGAUUAUAAACCCUCAUCUCUUCAAUCUGCUGGAGUGUCGAAGAGGACAGUUUGAAAUUGAUGGCGGCGAGUCCAGGCUAAGGCGAAAGGAACUAUUUGAUUGUACAAAUGAAUGGUUGGAUUUGAGAUGUAGCCGUUAUGUGGGCGGGGGAUACAGUUCAUGGGUGAAAGGAGUAGCAGUGGUGAGGAGAAAGGCGUCUUUAGCUGAAGAAGUGUACAAGGAACUCUCGGGUUGGAGAGGCAUGUGGGAUUGCAUGGUCGAUGAGCUCGUGGUCAAGGACAUGAGCAGCCCCUACGGCAGAUGGCUGGACUUCGAAACCGAUGUAUUUGCAGUAGGAGUAGAGGUUGAGGGUCAAAUAUUUGAUUCUUUGGUAGAUGAAGUGGUUGCUGAUAUCUUGCAAUUGUAAUGCAUGUGACAUGUUGAUAUUAGUUUCCUGCAUAUGUUUCUCUUGCGGAUCUUCUUGUAUUUGGAUACUCGUUAGUAUUCAGGUUUAUUGGUUUAUUUAUAUAUAUCACUAUGUUUCUCUUGUU